AUCGGAACUAAGCCGCUCCAUUUCAGGGUCUAAAUAACAAUUUCCUCCCCGACAAGCCCUCCCACUCGCACGCGGAGACAAACGCGCCGCGCGAUCGCCGGCCGCCGCCUCGCAUCUCCUCGGCUCCUCCUCCGGCGACCGACUCACCGCCGGCGACGGCGACUCGACCGACCAUUGCCCUCGCUGCGUUGCAUGUGUAGCCUGAGGAAUCCGCCUCCGCCCCUUGUUCGGUGGGCAUGGGCGUCGGUGGCGUGAGAGGCGGUGGGGGAGGCAUCGGAGGAGGGCCAUCCGGCGGCGGCGGCGAGAGGUGGAGGUGGAUCCUCUUCUUCGCGCUGGUAUCCGUGUUCUUCGUCGUCUCCCUCAUCCUCCUCCUGUUCUCCUCCUCCCCCCCGCGGCUCCGCCUCCCGGGCCCCGCCGGCGCCACCCCCUCCUACGCCGCCGUCCGCUGCGGCCACGGCGCGCCGCCCUGCCUCGCGUACCUCCUCACGGGGGCACGCGGCGAUGGGCCCCGCCUCCUCAGGCUCCUCCUCGCGGUCUACCACCCCCGCAACCGCUACGUGCUCCACCUCUCCGCCGACGCCGCCGACGACGAGCGCCGGGACCUCGCCGCCCGGGCCGCCGCCUCCACGCCCGCCGUGGGUGCCUUCCGCAACGUCGCCGUCGUCGGCACGCCUACCGCGGGGACGCCCGUCGGCUCCUCCAGCCUCGCUGGCACGCUCCGCGCCGCCGCCGUCCUGCUCCGCCUCCACCCGGAUUGGGAUUGGUUCGUCACCCUCAACGCUGCCGACUACCCCGUCGUCACGCAAGACGACUUGAUUUAUGUCUUAUCAAAUGUUUCAAGACAGUUCAACUUCGUUGAUCACACUAGUGACAUUGGACAGAAAGAAUCUGAGAAGGUGCAAUCGAUGAUAGUUGAUGCCGGAAUUUACUUGGCAGGGAGGACCAACUUUUUCCGAGCUAAAGAGAAAAGGCCAACUCCUGAUGCUUUUAAGUUCUUCACAGGUUCUCCAUGGGUUAUUCUGAACCGGCGGUUUAUAGAGUACUGCAUUCUUGGUUGGGAGAAUCUUCCUCGGAUUCUUCUGAUGUACUUCAACAAUGUCAUACUACCUCAGGAAGGAUAUUUCCACUCGGUCAUAUGCAACUCUCUUGAAUUCCGUAAUUUCACUGUGAAUAAUGACUUGAGGUACCAGGUGUGGGAUGAUCCACCUCAGACAGAACCUGUUUUCCUGGACAUGGCACAUUAUGACAAGCUGGUAGAUAAUGGGGCACCUUUUGCAAGGCGUUUUCGUGGGAACGAACCGUUGCUCGAUAAGAUCGACGGCAACAUACUUGGACGCUGGGGUCACGGACCUGUUCCUGGGGCCUGGUGCUCAGGCAGGAAAAACUGGUUCAAUGACCCAUGUUACCAGUGGAGUGAUGUGAACAUCGUAAGACCAGGUCCUCAGGCCAUCAAGUUGCGCCAAUAUAUGAACCGGAUUUCUGAAGAGGCAGAAAUUGGCAGCAAAUCAUGCAGGCGAUAACAAUUUGCAGGUGAACCGCUCUGCAGAAUAAUUAGCCAUUCUUUCCUUGAUCUGAAAUGAAUAAUUUGCAGGUGCACGAAUAUAUAUUCCUGUGCUCUUGGGGAGUGAUGCGUUUAAUCUAUCUGAAACAUUUUUUUUUUGUGACUAUCAUAAUCUUGGCUCCAGACUUUCACUUUAAGCAGGGGGUGUUCAUUUCUGGCACCUCAGUGACACUGAACUACUGAAGGCAGAGAGCUAGAGCAAGCAGUAACCACAAUAUUGAUGAGUUAAACUGUCUUUGUCCUUAACACAACCGAUGAAAAAAAAAUGUGAUGCUGUUCGUUCAAUAUUGUAAUCACAAUAUUGAUGAAAAAAAAGACACAUAAUCUUGUUGAUCAUAUUGACCCCGAUCUUUUUUUUUUCUACUUAUGCUUA